AUGGAGGACAUCAACUUGAGACUUGGUUGGGGGUUCAGCAGCGUAUUCUACCUGGGACCACAAGAGUCAAGGACCGUGGAUUUUGUAGUAGUGUACAUCCUGGAGCCCAACCUCACAUGCACGCUCCCAAUGGACCUGCUCGAUGUGAACGAUAUUGUUAAUUUGCGCGGGAACAUCGUCGGCUUCAACAUCGAGAGGAACACGUGGCAAGUGGAGGUACACAUUUUUACUUACGAUGAUGGUAGUGUGCCCCUGGAUGGAGCUGACAAAGUGUUUCCAGGUGACAAGUUUCAGGCGUGUUGCGCAAAGGAGUAG